ACUCCUGUCUACACCACUGGCACCCCUGUCUACACCACCGGUGAUGCGACUAGCGAGACCCCCUGCACUCCUACGACCUACACCACGUCCUACACUACCACCCCUUGCGAGGAAUGCGAGGUCACUACCAUUACUAGCACCGUCACUGUGACUCCCACUGCCUCUGUUACCACCGAGACCCCUAUCUACACCACUGGCACCCCUAUCUACACCACUGGCACCCCUGUCUACACCACCGGUGAUGCGACUAGCGAGACCCCCUGCACUCCUACAACCUACACCACGACCUAUACUACCACCCCUUGCGAGGAGUGUGAGCCCACCGCCGUCACCUCCGCCUGCACUGAGACUCCAACCACUGUUGAGGCUUCGGAGGAGGCCACUAGCACGCCCCCUACCUACACCACUGACGAAGAAUCGUCUGAGGAGGCUACCAGCGAGGAGUCUGUUGAGUCGUCCGAGGAUGCCACCAGCGAGGAGUCCGCCGAGUCCUCUGAGGAGGCUACCAGCGAGGAGUCUGUCGAGUCUUCCGAGGAGGCUACCACCAACACGCCCCCUGCCUACACCGCUACUGAGGAGUCGUCUGAGGAGGCUACCAGCGAGGAGUCUGUUGAGUCGUCCGAGGAUGCCACCAGCGAGGAGUCUACCGAGACCUCUGAGGAGGCCACCAGCGAGGAGUCUGUCGAGUCUUCCGAGGAGGCUACCACCAACACGCCCCCUGCCUACACCGCUACUGAGGAGUCGUCUGAGGAGGCCAUCACCACCGAGGAGUCUUCCAAGGAGGCUACCACCAGCAUUCCCCCUGCCUAUACCACUGGCGAGGGAUCAUCUGAGGAGGCUACCACCACCGAGGAGUCUACUGUUGAGGAGACCUCCACUGUCUUCACCGCUGAGGAGCUUUCCUCCUCUGCUGAGCAGACCCUUGCUUCCCUCUUCUAAGGUGCCUGCCCGCUAGCAAUGGCAGCGCCACUGUAAACUUAUUCUUGCCCGGCGUGUGCUAGAGAUUCUGUUUCAUUUUUAUUUUAUAACAAUAAUUCGUAAAAAAAUACACGCUUAAAUAUUAUUUUCCUG